AUGCCGGCGAGCAAGCCGACUCUGCUCCUCGAUCUGCGCCUCACCAAUGCGUUGGACGACCAGCAGCCCACCCGCUGCCGCAACUCCUCCUGGCACGACGCCGUAUCCAAUUCAUUAUUCGACGCGACGCGGAGAGGCGACUCGCUACGCGCGGACGCAAGUGUGGGCGCCGCGGAGAAAUUUGCCGCACCGCACGGCCCGGGGGUGACGUUUGAGUCGACUUCGACGCAUAUGAGAGGAACCGGCGCCCGGGAAAGCCGAGCGUGGCUGGAAAUCGAGGAGGAGUGGAACGAGGAAGACGAAAGCGAGGAGGGCGACGAUGCGGCGAUGCUGGACGUCGACGCGUUUCUCGGGCGGCGGUUAACGCGCGAGCCGAGUUUUAGCAUCGAGGACGCGGCGCUGUACGGCCUGCCGGAGGAAGUGGCGACUCCGCGCCCCGCGUCAGCGCUAUUCACGGCGAGCGACAGCGAAGCAGCGGCGCUGCGGCUCGCGGUGAUGGAAGCGGAGGUCAACAUAGUCAUGGAGACGAACCGCCUCGUGUCCGCCAUCAAAUGCCAGCUCACCUCCCCCUGCUCCACCAUCCCGCCCCGCUCCCCUUCCGCCACGGGUACCACCUCCCCCUUUUCCCCUCCCCGAACCCGAACCUCCUGGGACUUCCGCUCCUUCUCCUCCCCUGCCUCCACCCCCUCCUCCGCCUCCGCCUCCGCCCACUCCGCCCUCUCCCCCUGGCGCCGGAAAACCCCCUCAGUGUCCCCCACUGCUGGGUGGGCCUCGCAAGUACCAGAGGAAGAGCCUGUCUUUGGUUCCCCCAUGGCUGAUCGCGCCAUCUCUCGCUCCCUCACCUCCUCGUCGCUUCUUCCCUGGCCGCGCUCGUCGCACAUCACCCGCUCCCACACGGCAUCGUGCGACCGCCUGCCUGCGAGCUUCGUGCCUCGCAGUGAGUCCAACUGCUCGGCGACUUCCUGUGCUGAUCGGUCACCGUUUGGUGGUGUGGCUGGUGGUGGUUGCGAGCGGAACAUCUCGCAAACACGCCUCCCGUCGUUUUCGAAUGGGACGGGAGGAGCUCCUGGCUUGAGUCGCAUAGCGGCGGGGCGGCUGCACAAGGAGCUGGCGGAGUGGCAGCGCAACCCGCCCCACGGAUUUGUGUACCACCCCAGUGACAACCUGCAGAGAUGGAGCAUAGACGUGCACGGGGCAGCGGGCACGCUGUAUGCAGGGGAGGUGUUUCAGCUGCAGGUCGACUUCCCCUCCAACUACCCACUCGAAGCCCCUCAGGUCAUAUUCUCGCGCAACCCACCAGUGCACCCACACAUCUACAGCAACGGCCACAUAUGCCUUGACAUCCUGUACGACUCGUGGUCGCCAGCCAUGACUGUCAGCGCAGUGUGUCUCUCCAUCCUCUCCAUGCUCUCCAGCUGCAAGGAGAAGGUGAGGCCGGCAGACAACGAUCGGUACGUGCAGCGCAGUGGCCAGUCCCCCAAGAACACGCGCUGGUGGUUUCACGACGACCAGGUGUAG